CCGAUCGUUGGUAACCGCGAUUUGGCCCGUCGUUGAUCGUCGCUUUGUUGAGCUCACGAAACAAUUAGCUGCAGAGUUCGAAGUAGGCAAUGGGCUAUUUUGUCACUUUAGAAAACCGUUUCUGAACGCUUUAGUUACAAUUAAUUCUCGUGUUCUGCACAGCGUUGAUUGCGAGUGGAAUUGCAUCGAGAUUGCGAAAAGAGCAAUGGCGACAAAUAAUGUUAAGCUGCCGGACUUGAUCCAAAAAUGGAUUGAAGUGCAAAAGAAGUUCACCGAAUUGGAACGAACAAAACCACUCGAUAUUGACGCAAUCAACUUGACACUCUUGCUGAAGUCGAUGGGACUGCGGUUACAGUACCUGGACUUUGAGGCUGAAAAAAGUAACACCGAUAAUCUGACGAUCACCGUCAAGUGUAACAAAUCCGGCAUGAGGGCAGAACUAAGCUACGAGCUGUUGCGAUGCAGCUGUCCGGAGAAAAGCGACCGUGAAAGCUCUUUCUGGCAGGUACAAGGAACAGGACCGACGGUGUUUUCAAAGUUCAAGAACAACGCUUCAUCUAACCUGCUGCCGGACGUUACGGAAAGCUGUGCACUCGUCUCGAAGGCAAUGCUCUCGAACCUGUUAGACUAUUACGAGGCCAGCAUUCGAGAGGUGAAGGAAGGGAAGGAACAGGCCAUGUUGCUUUCUCCAUUGAAAUCACCGCGACCCAAGGUGAAUGUCAUAAGUCCAGGAUUGACGAUGAAAAAACCUUUCUCGACACCACCGGCCGAAGGAAAAUGUUCAUCACGUAUUGACAUAGUAUCGGGUGUUUGCGACCCAGGAGAGGAUAAGAUGAAGAACGAGGAAAUUGGAGGAAAAAAUCAAGGCAAGGACGAUACAAUUCCUAAUAGCUCAUCUCUACUGAGCCGACAAUCUGGAGAGGGUGAAACUAAGUCGAAUACAUCAUCUGAGAGCGUGGGCAUAAAUAAUAAAACCCGUGAGAUGUUGAAUACUGAACAUCCCGUAAACAAACCAGUGGUCGAUGGAAUCCUCAGUCCCGCACAUACUAGUGUAGCCGAUGAAAAUGCGUACGAAGCAAUGAAAACGCUCAUCACUUCAAGUCCUAAUGAUAAGCCUGCCGAUACGCCCAACUCUCAGUUUGAAUGUGAUCGAAACGUUAUCAGCUAUCUACAGGAAGCUCGUAGCCAGAUCGAUAUGGCUUUACUACUGAUGAAGAUCAACACCACGCAGGACGGUUCGAAUGGUUUCGGUGGCACCAUUACUCCCCAGCAUGCAUCUUCCAUAUCGAGAAAGUCGCUCGUUUCAACUCCCAAAUUUGCACAUUCCCGUUCCAGCUCGUUGCUGAGCAUCGAACGAAGACGUCCACCGGUUGAUGUUGGAGCGGUGAAAAAAAUCUCAUCCGCAUCUACGCUCCAGUCCGUCUCGCGGUUGUCCAUUGGUGGUGCUACAGUACGUGCGGACACACCAAGACCUUCCGUGGCGCAAUUGAAGUCAGUUGCUGCAUUACGCAAACCCGUCGGCAUGAGACCGCCAGCAUCGUUAAGCGGAACACCACAGGUACAACAGAUGCCGGUUGGGUUGAAAAAACCGUCCACAGGUUCUAUUGGAUUGCUAUCGAGCCAAAGAAAACUGUUGCCACCGACAACUCCCACAACAUCCGGAAGGACAAUUCCCAAGACAGUGGCGUCUGGACGACAACCGUCCGGCACUGGCUUCAUUCAACGAUCGUCCAGCGCUUCUUACAUAAGCAAAAAAUAGAUUCAACAGAGAAAAAACUUGAUAAUUGCAUAUAACCGUACGCAGGGCGCAUAGCAUGUUUAUAUUGCAUGGAAUAAUAGUGUUAAAAAUUAAUUCCACUGAAUGAUUGUCCCAAAUAUACUGUUCUGUUUAUCCUAAGCAACCUUUAAUAUCUUUUUUUCAUUUUACUAGCUGUAUCGGGCCCGGUUACACGGCUACGCAAGAGAACUAUGCAGUGUACUCAAAAUUAUUCUUCUUUAUUGGCACAAGAGGUCUGGGCCUACCAUUUCUGGCUUAUUUUACUUUAUUUAUCCGUAGCCAGAUAGUUAGUCCUGCGUACGGGGGAUUGGUCCGGUUGUGAUUUUACCUUGCUCUGUCGUGUGAAGACCGGCACUGCUACCAAUACACCACCGGGCUGCCCCGUGCUU